AUGUCUAUAGAUGGGACAAAGUUAUUGUUUGAGGGCUUCCUGCAGAAAAGAAAAGAUACUAUGGUGCAGUCGGUGCGAGAGGUCAAUAGAGGUGACAGCAAGCGCUUCAUGUUUGAGAUCAUCAUGACAAAUGGAAAGAGAAAGGUGUUGGCAGCAGAGACUGCAGCUCUCAGAAAGGAGUGGAUAGGAUACCUCUGGCAAGCCAUGCAUCUUUCUAGCUCUGGGGUUUCAGACACACACCAUGAAGUGUGCGAGCAGCGAGAGAGAAUAAAUAGCAGCGCACCCAUCUGCUCCUACAGUGACAGUGUGAUGGAGCUGCUGCCUGCUCGGCCCCUCUCUGCCCCGGCCCCCACAGGCCACAUACACCACGAAAUCAGGAGCAUCACCCCCCCGAGCUGCCUGUCUGAGGAGCUGAACAGCGAGGGGGCUACGUUCCAAAUGACACUGCCAGUUUGUAACUACCAGCAUUACAAUGGUGACAGUCUCAACAGUGCUCAAUGGUCCAGUGGGUUGAGCAAUGCAGAGGGAAAUCAAGGAGACUAUGAUGUUUUACCACUUAGAAAAAAUAUAUGUGAGAGCAACACUGCACCAGAGAUGGACGAGGGCGUGUACGACUUUCCUCUCUCUUACAGGAGGGCUUCUGAUGCUCUGGAUCCCACAGAGAGCAUCUAUGACGUACCAAGCUCUCUUUUGAGGAAUUUGUCUGAUGAAAUGUCAGAUGACCAGCAGGAGGACGGACUCUACUGGAGGAUAUGAGGUCCGGUUUUGAGGACACGAGUGAUGGGCCUCUUAGACCCACAAGACACAAUUCUUUGUACAGAAGACUGUCGCUGCCUAAUAUCUGUAGCUGUCUUUCAUUCUCUCACAGGUUUGAGCGAAACGAGUGGUAUUUCAAUGGAUAAAACAAGUUUAAAUAAUGUUUGUCAGCUUUGUUAAACUUCUAUAUGCUAGACAACAUGCACAACAAAAAUGUUUCAACUGUGGUAUUUAUUUCAGCUCUUAUACAAGACAGAGAACCACACAACCAUUUAUAACUAUAGAGAGCACGCUGUACAGGAAAUAUCUACACAUACACGCACUGUGGGUCAGUCACACUAUAUAGUUCAGAAUAGUACAAUGAUUCCUUUACAUGUCACCUGCUUCACAGUUUGAAAGUAAACACCACCAACAUUGAAACAUUGAUAUUGCUGUAUUACACACUUUGGACUGGUUUGAGCUUGGGUUUAAUGGAAUAUAGAAACUUGUCUUGUUGCAGGUACACAAUGAAAGGAAAAUAAAACUGAAUAUCAUCUACUUUUA